CGACGAUGCUGUCGGGACUGCGCGCCGGAGUCCUCUGCGGCCUGGCCAUGGUGAGGCCGGCGGGCCGGGGACGGUGCCCCAGGCGGCCCGCCUGGGCGCAGGUGCACAGCCCGGGCGACCGGCCCGUCGCCCCGCCCCUGGCGGUAGCACUCGCCCCGCCCUCCCGGCCGGACCAUGACGUCAAGGGGGCAGCGACAGUGAUCGGUACGCGGAGUCCACGUUUCCUAGGAAACGGAGAUGGGGUGGGGGCGUCUUCGUGUGCUCUUGCGUCAUUACGCUCCUGCGCGCAAGUCUCCGAGUCUGGGGGUGGGGCUUCGCCAUUCCGAGGGGAGACCGGGAAGUGGCGUUUACCGAGUGUUGCCUCGGAGACCAGGGCAGGGCCCGAGGGCCGUGGGAUUGACGCCAGUGGACGCCCUCAGGUGCUGCAGGAGGCCGAGGCCGAGGCCCAGGCCCCGGGCCCGCCCCGCGUCCCUGACACAUCUGACGUCGCGGCCGCGCUGCUUGUGUCUGACGGGACCCACAGCGUCCGGUGCCUAGUGACGCGGGAGGCCCUGAACGCCUCAGACUGGGAGGAGAAGGAGUUCGGCUUCCGAGGGGCAGAAGGCCGGCUGCUGCUGCUGCAGGACUGUGGGGUCCGCGUCCAAGUCGGCGAAGGCGGCGCGGCGGCGGAGUUCUACCUCCAGGUGGACCGCUUCAGCCUGCUGCCCACAGAGCAGCCCCUGGAACGGGUGAUUGGUUGCAACCAGGACCCGGAUGUGCAGAAAAAGCUAUUUGACUGCCUGGAGGAGCACCUUUCAGAGUCCAUCUCCCCCAGCGCAGGCCUUUCACUGUCUCAACUUCUGGAUGAGGUGCAGGAGGACCAGGAGCAUCAGGGGGCGCUGGUGCACCUGGCUGAGAGCUGUCUGAUGCUGACAGGCCCUUGCACAGCGCCCCCCCUCACCCGCUGGGCCUCCACCCGCUGUAGGGCCACGGGAGAAGCUGUGUACACUGUCCCCAGCUCCUGGCUGCACAUCUCAGAGAAUGACCAGCGAGUUCUGAGCUCUCUGGGCCCAGGCCCCAGUGCCCAGGCUCCAGAGCUGCCCCCACCAGACCCAGCUUUGCAGGACCUAUCGCUGACUAUCGUCUCUCCUUCCUCACCUACUUCCUCAGGAACCCCAGCUUUACCCAGCCACGUGUCCUCAGAGGAAAGCGGUGCCAGCAUCAGCCUUCUGCCUGCCCUGUCCUUGGCAGCUUCAGACCUAGUGCAGAAGGGCAGCUCCCAGGCUGUACCAGCCAUCUGUUCAGCCCAUGGCCCCCUGCCCCCUGGCUCCCCACACUCUAACCCUGUACCCAGUUCCCCACUCCUGAGCUGCACCCCAAGUCUGUCACCCCUUGGCCAUGUACCCAGCCCACAUCAGGCCACUGUGACCAAGGCCCAGAAACCCAGCCUGGAGUUCAAGGAGCUAGGGUUGCCCCUCAAGAACUGGCAUCACUCUCCAAGGACAAAAAACGCCACAGGAGCCCUGGAAUCCACUCCCGUUUGGGACCCUCCAAAGAGGCAUCGUGAUGGUUCCGCCUUCCAGUAUGAGUACGAGCCACCCUGCACCUCCCUGUGUGCCCAGGUCCAAGCUGUCAGGCUUCCUCCCCAGCUCGUGGCCUGGGCCUUGCACUUUCUGAUGGAGCCACAGCCGGAGUCUGAGCUAACCCAGGUGUGAGGGAUCACGUGGGCAUGUGGGCGGAUGUAUGCACACAGAUCCCCGGCUGAAGAUCGACAAACAGUGUUCCACACUCUGCUCCUUUGAGUUUUUUAAUAAAAUAAUCUCAUG